AUGGAGUGCUUCAAUGGCCUCUUCAACAAGCGACCCAAGCUGGUUCAGCUGCCAGUGAGCCCGGGCAAGGUGCCCAUCUUCGUCAUGCUGCAGCUGGAUUGGCUGUCAGACGACGGCCAGGCGCUGCGGUACAAGGAGGAUCUGCGCCGCCAACUCACAGCUGCCAAAACUGCUGGCAUCAAGGGCGUCAUGGCCGACGUUUGGUGGGGGCUUUGUGAGCCCAAGCCAGAGGACUACCACUUUGGCGGUGCCUUGGAGCUCUGCAAUCUUCUCAAGUCCCUAGGGCUGGAGCUACAGGCAGUGAUGUCCUUCCACCAGUGCGGUGGCAACGUGGGCGACACCGUCAGCUACCCGCUGCCGGAGUGGUGUCUGAAGAAGGCGAAAGCUGGAGGCUUCCUCUACAAAAGCAAGUGGGGCGUCACGUCCGAGGACUGCCUCUCCCUCUCUGCGGAUAAGCAGCAGAUCUUUCCGACAGCAUCUGGGGGCACGCGCACAGCAUUGCAGUGCUACCAGGACUACAUGGUCGCGUUCCUGAAAGCCAUGGGCAUGCACGUCGGUUCCACGAUUUGCGAGCUCCAGGUUGGAAUGGGCCCGUGCGGCGAGCUGCGGUAUCCAUCCUACCUCAUGUCGAAUGGCUGGAACUGGCCAGGCGUGGGGAUUGUCAUGGCCUACGACAAGGGCAUGAUGCAGAUGCUCAAGGUGGCAAAACGCCCUUUUUAA